CAUCACUCACUGGAAGAAAGGGCAGAAAUGACAAGCAGAGAUGGGCAAACUGUUGUUGAACUGUUAUCCCAGCAUCUGGAGUGCACUCAUUUUUUUGCAGUGUAGCAAGUGGGACGUAACCUGUGCGGAUUUACACCUAUAGUUGACGCUGGAGCUCCAGUUACACCAGGCAGGGGACCGAUUGUGUUUAAACUGGGUUAUUUUCCGGAUUAAGGUUGCACUGGUACCGCCUACGUAGAGGGCGUGUACUCCCCCCUAGACUUAUUACAUAAAUCACUCAAAAGCGGCGUGCCUUGGUCUACAGGUAUGAUUUUAAGGUAGUAGAAGUAAUUUUGCCGUGAGAGUUGACAGGUCGCAUUAAUGCUCAUAAAGCUUGAUGAUCGUUUAAGCAAUACCGAUUAGAUAGGGACUGUGCUGCGAUUUGAACUUUGACAGGUGGUACAGAUUGGCAAUAGAAAGAGCAGAGGGGCAACCUGAGAACUUGCUAGCUCCUACUUGUAUGCGGACUUGGGACCCAUUUACUGAUUUGACUUCUCAGAAAAGUUGAUAGUAAUAUCCAUAUAGUGAGCACACACGGGACUGCAGCUGUUAAGCGCAUAUCCAUUAAAUAGUAAGUAAACUGUGACUCACAGAUAAAGAGACGGCAAAAGAGACCAAAAUCAAUGAGACCCAGGCACUGGAGGCUACAACACAUAGAUGUCCUAUUCCUAAGUACAAUGUUACCUGUAAAAUUGAUCUUUUGACAAGGGCACUACAGGAGAAACACAAUUAGAACUGCAAUUGAAUGAUAAUGGUUUGCUAGCAUCAAGGAACGUAAAGCCGAUAUCUGAAGAGGUGAGACCUAGGCGUCUGAUACCAUUAUUAAGAAAAAAAAAAGUAUAAGUUUCUGCUUCUCCAUCAUGGAAACCACCCCUGAUUUACCAGUAGAGGUAAUCAGCUAUAUUCUGAGCUAUCUCUCUGUCUCAGAUCGAAAGGAAGCCUCAAUGGUGAAUCGAGCCUGGUACUUUGCUUCUCAGGACUGCAGACUACAGAAGGAUAUUGUUUACAGUCUGCCGACACUUUCUACCUCACUGGAGACGAUCAGGGUACUGGGAACCAAGCAAACCCCAAAUCUAAUCUUGAGUAACUUGGAUGGUUCAUCACUUAGUAAGGAAGUCAUCAAACACAUUGUGCAUUACCUGGGACCACACCUGGAACAUAUAUCACUUUGUUCAAGUAGUAUUACAGAAUCUGCCUUCCUGUCUCUUAUAUCUUACUGCCACAGUCUGCAGAAAUUAGACCUUAGUGGGUGCAACAGUUUGUUUAUGUCUGGCACCUUGUUGGAAAAGCCCAAAGAUACUUUUAGAACAAGAAAAGCUUUGCUGAACCUGCAAGAACUCAAUUUGUCCAACUUGCGCUAUUUAUCUGACCGGACCUUUAACAGACUGACUGGAUGUUCUCCCAUGCUUAAGGAGCUGUCCCUUGCUGGUUGCCUUGUGACUUUUGAGUUUGACCCAUAUCAUGGAUCAGUCAUUUCUGAUUCAUCUGCAGUGCUUUCCUUGCGAAACCUGAUAAAGUUCCUUAAGGAGAGGGCGGUAAGCUUGAAAGCUCUGGAUCUGAGUCGCACUGGGAUUACAAGUGAGGCACUGAAGUCUGUAGCUCAGGUGAAUGGACUCUGCUUAGAGAAGUUAGUGCUUCAGAACUGUAAAGAGAUCUCAGAUGAUGCCAUUGGCAUUUUGUGUAAGUCUCAGCCUGGUCUGAUCAAUCUUGACCUCAGUGGCUGUUCUGAACUAACAGGCAAGUCUGUAGUUGCUAUAUCUGCAAACCUACAGGAGCUGAGGCAUCUUAAGCUGGGAAGGCUGCGGCGUUUAACUGAUGAUGUUCUGGCAGGACUAGCUGAACUGAAGGAGCUGCAGAGUUUGGAUGUGUCUGACUGCCACCAAAUAUGUGGAAGUGAACUUGUGAAAUGUUUCUCCUUUUCAGAGUCCAAGAUGGUACAUCUUAGUUUCAGUGGUUGCUCUCUUCUCAAGGACAGUACAGUCUUUUCUUUGGCUAAACUAUUUGGUACUAGUCUUCGUUUGUUAGACCUCACUUCUUGUUUAUCCAUUACUGACAUCAGCAUUCGUGCAAUUAUUUUUUAUCUCAACAAUCUAACUGUGCUCCGACUUGGCUGGUGCAAGGAGAUAACAGACUGGGGUUUACUUGGAAUGCAAGAUCCCAAUGAAGAACACUGCCCUGAAACGAAGGAUGACCUAGGACCUAAAUUCAGCAGGAACUUUGGGAAUAUGGGCUUCUUCACACCUCCCACGUACUUUGAUGAUAGGCCAGUGAUGAUCACUAAAUUAGAAGACUUGUUGAUCAAUGGAGAAAAACAUGGGCCAACUCUCCGAGCAUUGCGGCACUUACAAGAGCUUGACCUGACUGCCUGCAGAAAGUUGACAGACAUUAGUUUACAACAGGUGAUCCAGCUGCCAAACCUUAAAAAGCUGUCCCUAGGUAUGGUAAAUGAGAUAACUGACAGGACCCUGGUGUCUGUUGCCACACACUGUCGAAGUCUUGAACAUCUAUCAGUUAACCACUGCUGCUUUCUGACUGAUGAAGGGAUGAUCCAAACACUCCAGACUGUGGGACGACUUGUCAGCCUUGAUAUCUCCUGUUGCGAUGGAAUUAGUGACCGGACUUUGGCUGCGAUUGCAGAGAACUGCAAAUGGUUGAAGAACCUGGAUGUUUCCAUGUGCAAUGGUAUUACUGUUGCAAGAGUUGAGCUGCUACAGUCACAGAUCCCCUGGGCAACAAAUAUAAAGACACGCUUUGUGGGUGGGGCUGAUCUUUCCAUCUCCUUGUAAUCGGCAUAAUGAAUCAGUUCUCUCCAGCCCUAAAACUGAACAACUGCAUGACAGAUCUUUUAGGGGAAUGUCAUGGCAACUGCGAGGCAUAAAGAGCAACUUUCUGUAACACUUGAGGAAGGCGCACUCUAUCAUGCUUGCUACUAUUCAUAUAUACCUUAAUGGUACAACAGUGAGAUUCUGUUUCGCAUCACUUGUAAUGCUGUGUUCUUUACAGUCAGUUCUACUGUUUGGAUCCCUGCUAUCCUUUUUGUGCCUGACUGCUCAGGCAUCUUCUCUCUUCCUCAGUUUUCAUAUUCUUAUAUGAGUUACAGGUUGCAGUGGCAUUGCAGUCCCAAGAGGAUUGUGUUUCCCUUGUUGUCUUUACACAUUUUUAAAGCACAUUAGCAGACCCCAAAAUCCAUGCUGACUGGUAGCAUUUAGUAAUUGCUAGGGGCACUAUUUCAACAUUUUGGAGUGUCAGCAGUACUCACUUUUCCAUAGUUACACCCUUUCUGCCUAGAGCAAUGUUGCAGAACAUCUUUGUAAAUGCUGCAGCAGUCGUAAGCAAAGAAAUGGGCACAGAAUCAGUUUACUGUGAUAUCUUGUCUGCUAUGAAAUUGGACCCACUGCAUUUUAGUUCAUUCUUCAUUGUUGCAAAGUUACAGAUAUAAGGACUGCAUAUUUUACAGUCAUAAUCUUGUAGUACUGACUGCUGUUGUAGCUCAGUUAUAUACAGGGACCCCCAAUUACCUUUAUAUAUUACCCUGGUUUUGCAGAGUCUGCUGUUGCUGCCAGUGAUUGCCACUGUUUAUUAGCCUUAGCAUUUUGGUUUAUCUCUACACAAAGUCCCCCCAUAUCUUAAGCAUUUCCUCAUCCUCUGUUGUCUGGGCAAGCUCUUUAUGCUUCAUUCCUUGGAGUUGUUGGAGGUGCCAAGGGUGUAGCUAGACACCACUUGUACCCAUUCCUUAUUUUAUGAGGCUGCAUUUUUUUGGGAACUUCUCUCAGUGUUUGAGGGUGUCCCCUACAUUGGCAGGCUUUAAGAGAUCCGUUAAAAUACACGUAUAAUUUGGCAUAUGAUGUCAGUUGAUUUUUUUAGCAAUCAUUUAUCUGUAUUUAUUUAAUAUAUGUUGCCAUCUUCUAGUGCCUGAUUACUGCUCCGUUAUUUUAUUCUUAUUUUUGUUUUUCUUCUUUUUUUGCACUUUUACUUCUAGUGGUGCUUUACCUAAAGCUCUCAAGCACUGUAAUAAAAAUGACUUGAACACAUGACAUGCAAAAAAUCAGUAUUUCUAGCCAAAGAAGAAACUAAUUAAACUUAAUUUGUUUCUGCA